UCGUUACAAUUUUUAUUUGAAGAAAAUGUGACAAAUAUACUUGUGAACAGUGGCGACAUCUAAAUAAUUCACGACACAUUCGUUUAAACUUUGACUCGAACCCUUGGAAUAAUGUUACCAAUCGCUGAAUUGGAAGAGGGCGCCACUGCGCUACUUGCGGCCAAUGCAAACCGACAUCGAAGAACCCGUGACCGCGUGGUUACGGCUGAAAUCCGCGCGAUACGCCGUAGGCGGGGCUGGACUGUAGUUGGGUCUGAAACUAGUAGAGUGCAUAGUGGUGGCGGGCGAUAAGCGCAGACCGGGCAAAGCGCGACGACCGGCGGCGGCGGUAGCGGCAGUUACAGUCGGUAGGCAAGCGCGGCCACACGCGCACCGCGGCCCGAAGCCGCCCGCCGCCGCUUCCGCGCUCGCUUCAGCCCCUCUCUCACUCUCAGGUGUCCUUUGAUUGUGCGUGAGGUGUUCUCAAAAAGUGAUAAAGACUGUUCCCAGUGUUCCUUACUAUAUAUUAUUAUCUACAUAAAAUUAAGUUUAAAUUUGUAAUACAUUCAAUAAAUAUAUAAAAAAGCAAAAUUGUUUAUUAAAGUGUUGUGUGUGUUUUCAUUAUCAAAUCAGUUUCAUCCUUAUAUGAUAUAGUUCGUUAUAUUUCAAAAUGGAGGAGGAAGACGAUGAAAGAAAGGGCCGCAGACCCAAGCUUGCAGCUUUUAGUUCUUUAAACGCUCGCAUUGUCCAUUCUUCUCUUGAGGAAGGUUUCGUUCGGCAGCCAGUGUCAUCCGAGUCGAAUGACAUUAAUACAAUGUCUAGUAUCUCAACAGCACAAUUUAGCGAUAGAAGUUUUGUGUCUAAAGCGAGUACAUUUUCGCGAAGCGGCACUUCGAGCUCUAGUCAAGAAGAAUGUGAGGUGGCUCAAACAACGGUUACGAGUGGCCAAUAUUUGGCUGCUGCUCGGGUCGAAACAGCUCGAUCGAUGGAAAGCCUUCGGCCCAGCAAGGACACUUCGCCGGCGCGCCCUGCGAGCUCAUGUACGUCUGUUCGCGUUCAUCGAAGUUCAUUUUUAACAGCAAGCGAACGUGAUGUGAGAGAGACGCGUGGCGCGCCAGCACGGAGAGCUUUGUCGGGUGAGGAUAUGGGUAACUCAGCUGAAAAACGAAGAGGUCUAUUUGCAAGCACAGAACGAAGGGCAUUACAACAACUAAGCUUACCGCCUCCAGACCGCCGUUUAACAAUUUUAAGUCCACAUAGUCCAAUGGCAUCAGCUGAGUUACAAUGGCCUAUUCCAUCCGGUAUUCGCGGGAGACGAAAGAAAGGAAUGGUCCUCCCGAAAUUAAUUCUACCCCGCAGUGACUCUGAUGGCUCGGAUGUAUUUUUUGAAAGCUUCGAUGUGGAGAAUGGCGGGGGCGCCGGCGGUGUUGCAGGGGGCGCACGCUCCCCACUCGAGGGCGGCUCGCCCUCGGCUGCGCUGGUUCUCCAAUCCAUGCCCCAGCGCCGCGAGUCCUUCCUCUACCGAUCUGACUCCGACUUCGAAAUGUCGCCCAAGUCGAUGUCGCGAAACAGCUCUAUUGCCAGCGAGAGAUUCAAGGAGGUCGAGGCGGCACAGCUGGACAGAGCUCAUGGAGAAGACUUGAUCGUAACACCCUUCGCGCAGGUCCUGGCUAGUCUGCGCAGCGUCCGCAACAAUUUCCUAUGCCUCACCAACGUACCGGUUGCAAAAUCGCGAAGAUCAUCAGGGGCCGCUACCGCAGUCACACCGCAACCGAAAAACUUCAAUCCAGGGGAUGAAGCUUAUAUGAAGCUAGCACUCGAGACCGUUGAGGAGCUGGAUUGGUGUCUGGAUCAGCUCGAGACCAUACAAACACACCGCUCUGUCUCUGAUAUGGCUUCGCUCAAGUUCAAACGGAUGCUGAACAAGGAGCUGAGCCAUUUCUCAGAGUCAAGCAAAUCCGGAAACCAGAUCUCGGAAUACAUCUGUUCUACUUUCUUGGAUAAACAACAAGAGCUUGAUUUACCAUCGCUACAAGUCGAUGAAACCACUGAAAGGACAAAGAAAAAAGAAAAACCACGUCAUGCCGGACCAGGGGCUACUAUGUCCCAAGUAAGUAUAAUUUCUGGCGUGAAAAGGGCUCUUACACAUACGAACAGCUUCACAGGAGAACGUGUCCCAAGAUAUGGAGUUGAAACACCCCAUGAAGAAGAGUUAGGCCGCUGUUUGGGCGAACUAGAUCGCUGGGGAGUUGAUAUUUUCCGCAUUGGAGAUUUAUCAUGUGGGCGCCCUCUCACAGCUGUCGCUUAUGCCGCCUUUACAUCUCGGGAAUUAUUAUCCACGCUACAAAUCCCUGCACGCACUUUUCUUGCCUUUGCUGUUACUCUAGAAGAACAUUACGUACGUGACAAUCCGUUCCACAACUCGUUGCACGCUGCAGACGUAACACAAUCGACAAAUGUACUUCUGAAUACACCCGCUCUCGAUGCGGUGUUUACGCCCCUAGAAGUAUGCGCUGCUUUGUUUGCUGCCUGCGUUCAUGAUGUUGAUCAUCCGGGGCUUACGAACCAGUUUCUCGUAAACUCUAGUUCUGAAUUGGCACUUAUGUAUAAUGAUGAGUCUGUUCUUGAAAAUCACCAUCUUGCCGUUGCGUUUAAAUUACUACAAAAUGACGGAUGCGAUAUAUUCGUAAAUCUUCAUAAGAAGCAGAGGCAAACAUUACGAAAAAUGGUCAUUGAUAUGGUGCUUUCAACUGACAUGUCAAAACAUAUGAGUCUACUAGCAGAUCUUAAAACUAUGGUAGAAACAAAGAAAGUCGCUGGAAGUGGAGUAUUAUUACUUGACAACUAUACAGACCGAAUACAAGUUUUGGAGAAUCUCGUACACUGUGCCGAUCUGAGCAAUCCCACAAAACCAUUACCGUUGUAUAAACGAUGGGUAGCAUUACUUAUGGAAGAAUUCUUUCAACAAGGUGAUCGAGAGCGGGAACAUGGCAUGGAUAUUAGUCCUAUGUGCGACAGACAUAAUGCGACGAUUGAAAAAUCUCAAGUUGGUUUUAUCGACUACAUCGUACAUCCACUGUGGGAGACUUGGGCAGAUCUUGUGCAUCCAGAUGCUCAAGAUAUUUUAGAUACCCUAGAAGAGAAUCGCGAUUAUUACCAAAGCAUGAUACCUCCUUCGCCGCCACCUGCGCCAGUACAGACACAUUCAGGAGCCGAAGAUGAACGCCCCGAACAAAUACGUUUUCAAGUAACACUCGAAGAGGGUGAAGGUUCCGAAGAAUGCGAAGGAGAGGGUGAUGGUGGGAUGUGACGGAAACUAGUGGGAAUCUGUAAGAAACUCUCUGAAAGGAUGCAGGUUUGGUGGAAGCUCUGGCAGUAGAGGGUGGACGCAGAAGACGAACGCCCAGAUGUGGUUUCUUGUUGAUAGUAAUACUUGCCAGUGGCGUAGCUGUCGUUGGACAAUCUGUUCAUUAGGACCCCGAAGUUCAGGUAGACUACCCCAGAGGCUUACUCCUAAAGGGAAGAAGCACGCAUAUUUUUGAAUUUCGGGGUCCACUUGUACUUUAAAAUCGUCUAGCUAUGCCACUGAAUACUUGUUGACGCUUACUCUCGAAAUGUAACGAUUACCCAUACAUCGUGACAUUUCAAAAAAUAUUUAUAUUAUGUGAUCACUUUGCAUUGUUGUUUAGAGUUACCUAACGACUAAAUUGUCCCUCCACUGAUUGUACAGUCAAGUUUCGUCUAUCACUUUUGUUUCGUUAACCAAAGAAAAAAGAUCAUUACGUUCGUUCGAGUCCCAUGAGUAGUUUGUCUUCGAUUCGUAAAGUCGUAUAAGUAGAUUUUAGAUGCCGACUUCGUGUAUCGAUUCGGCUAAGUAAGGACAUUGAAAACGCUUAUUAAUUGGUAUGAAAGGGUAAUUUAUAUUGUCAUAUCAUCCACGUUUCUCAUAUUUAAUACGGGUUUGCGAUAAUGAUGUUAUUCACGAAAAUAUAUUAACAUAAUAGGUAUUCCUAAAUGUAAAACUAUUUUAAGGUAAAUUUUUAAAAUGCCUUUCAGACUUCUUGUUUGUCUUUUUCUGAGUACCUACCGGUUGAAUAUUCGGUCGGCCUCUUACUGUAAGACGCAAACCAAAUUCAUCCUGAUAAAUAGCUUUACUUGAUUUGUUAACCUAGUAGCACCUCAUUUCGUAAAAAGGAUCGCUGGCGAUCCUCUUUUUUUCUCUUUAGAGUAAUGUAUUAUUUUUAUAAAUUACAAACUUUAUUCUAGUUUGUUAACCCAAAAACUUAAGUCGUGAAUCCCUUAGAACAUAAUGUUUGUAUAUUCAACUAACGGCUUGAAGUCUUGAAGCGUUUCAUUAUUAUUAUAAGUAUUAACAAAGGCGUGUUUUGCUAAUAAAUUUUUUCUUGAGAGUUUAAAUGUUUGCUGAAAUAAAUAUUAAGUGCAAAGUAAAAUAGAGCACGGGCCGGGUCUUGCAAUAGCAACAUAAAUAAGUUAUCAUUGAAAAUUGCGCACAACAUUCACCACACGUGGCAAAGAACUCAUUUCAAUAUGUAAUAUUUUUUAGGUGUUGAACAACAUCGCUAAUCUGAUCUAUUACUGUGAAUAUAUCUCUCAUACAUAUUAUUGUUAACUGGCAACUAUUGUACCUAGUUUGUAAUAGGUAUAUUAUAAAAAAGAUGCAAUAUGACUUGUAUGUAUGCAUUUUUUUAUAUUCAUCGAUGUUAUUUUUAAUUAUAAAUAUUUGUGAGCUGGUCUCUUUACUUUCAUGUACUCAAAAGAUAUUUGUUUGAUUGAUUGAUAAAUUUCAUUUUUUUUGCUUUUAUGCUUGAGACAUAGUACAUAUAAUAAAAAGUAUUAUUUACAAGUAUUUUUAAUGUCAUUAGCUCCAUCAUUCAUCUGUGUCAAGAAUGAAGGUCCAAUGUACAUUAUUUUCGUAGAUAAAUUAAGAUUUUAUCCGGCGAGAAUACGUAAGAAUGCUGUCGCCAUGUUUAUGAAAUGUCUGAUUUUAAAAGCAUAGCAUUAGAGGAUGUCGUACAAAGACAAAAAAAAAUAAAAAAAACGCUUAACUACAAUUGUGUGUAAUAGAAACAUUACGCUUAGAAACAUUUGUGUUAUAAUAUAUACAUAAUAUGUAUGUAAAUUAUCUUGAAUAAUGUUUGUACUAUUAGAUCUGUGUGAUGUCGCGCGAUAUAUCUACGUGCGCACCUAAUCUUUUCUAGUUCUUAUGUGAACGAAAUCUAUAGCCCGUCUUGGCAAAAAAUACCGAUAAUAACUCUUUAAACCUAAUAAAAUGUGUAACUAGUUAUUAAUAUGCUCGUUGUUAAUCUUAAUUUCAAUAUAAAUUGGUGUACCUAUAUUAAUAAUUGAAUGGGUGCGGUUAAAAAUAAACCCAUAAUGUACCUACAUACACAGAUGGCGAGUAUUCGCUAAUGUUUUAAUCACAUAAUAACUACCUUUAAGUCAUCUAUCACAGUUAGCUAACUACCAAAGAACAAUGAUUUCCUAAUUUCAUUAUAUUAUGUAUAUGUGCAUCUGGCAUGUCACUUUUUCGAAUUACUUGUUUAGAAUUAACUGAUAAGUAUUUCGCAGUUCGGUUUCAGUGUUAUAUAUGUUUGUCGGUAUGGAGUACUAACACUAAGAUUGAAUAAAAACCUAGUUAAAUUAUAAAUACCGAGUUAAAAGUGUGCAAUGCUGGUCAUUUGCAUUACUUAUUAUUUAUGUUUAAAGUAAAAUAGCUUGUAAUAGUUUAAAUGAAUAUUUGAGUUGAUUAAAAAUAUUAAUGUAUUUAGAAUAAAAAAUAAUUGAAGUAAA